AUGGCGUACCUCGACACCAAUGCGAUGCCCCGGCGUAGUGACGGCACGGUACUGCAUCUGGGCGUCAAGGCUGGACAAGUGGCCAAUCGCGUAGUGUCGGUGGGGAGUCUCGAGCGAGCUAAGCUGCUGGCUCAGCUGCUGGACGAUGCACAGUUCGAGACUAUCGAGUCGGCACGCGGAUUCAAGACGUUCACGGGGAAGAUGAAAGGCGUACAGGUGUCGAUUGUAGCGACGGGAAUGGGCGUGCCCAACAUGGACUUCGUCGUAAGAGAAACGAGGGCGAUCGUGGAGGGCCCGAUGAACAUCAUUCGGUUCGGGACCUGUGGGGUUGUGCGGGAGGAGGUUCCUCCAGGUAGCGUUGUUGUGAGCGGCAAGGGUUCUGUCAUGGUCACGCGCAACCCAGACGCCUUUUUUCCUGAUGCUACCGGAGAAGAAUACUAUCGAGUAUCUAGAGUGAUGCCUUCGUCGCCAGUACUCUCCAAAGCGCUUCGAGCAGCGAUGAACGAUAAGCUCAGUGCCCUUCGCGCUGAGCCUACAAUCGCCUCUUGCUGUGAUCGUGACAUGAUCAAUGUACUCGAUGGACUUAAUGCGACUGCUUGCUCCUUCUACAGCUCCCAAGGCCGCCUCGAUUCUGCAUUUGAUGACCGCAACAAGGAGCUCGUGGAGAGCCUCGUAAAGUCUCACCAGGACCUCUACACGGUCGAGAUGGAGACCUUCCACUUGUAA